CCCUUUGCCUUUUUUUUUUUUCUUUCCAUUUCUCUGGGGAGUACGGAUGCCCCAAUUAAUCCUUGGCACCUCUCGGACCCUUUAAAAACUGUCAUUGCCGUUUAGGAGGUCCUAACAGGAGCCCCCACCGGACUACAUUGUUCAGACGCGCUCUCCCCAAACCGGGGAGGCGUCCGGAGAGAAGAUCCCCGGGCGCCUGGAGCUGGGUGAGCUCCGCCAACCUGAGGGCUCGUGGUAGGCGGGGGCCCUGGGAUCCCCUUGGCCGCCACCGCCCCUCUCCCCUCCCCUCCCCUUCCCCGCCCGGGCCGCCGACCCCAGGCCAGGGCGGCGCGCGCUCUCCCACCCGCGCCUCUGGGGAUUCGCAGACGGCAGCGAGACUGGCCGGCGCGCUGGGCAUGCUCAGUCGCCCGGCGCCGGGCUCGCGAGUAGGAAGCCUGUGCUCGGUCGCCGCCGCCGAGCCGGCCGGGGCGCACGAAGAGCGCGCGGGACUCGCUUGCAGCGGCGGUCGGGCGGCGGUGGACCCGGGCCGAGACCGGAACCAAGACCCGCGCGGGGCACCCCGUCCGCCUGCCGCGGCUCCUGCUCUCUCGCACAGUCGUACAGUUGCAGGAAACGGGCCGACCGCGGCUGGCGUCGGGGAGGCGGAGGAACCGCGGCGGCCGCCGCUGCAUCCUCGCCGCCUGCCCCUGCCCGGCAGCGUCCCGGAGCCGUCGGGCAUGGAGCCGUGGAAGCAGUGCGCGCUGUGGCUCAUCCACUGCAAGGUGCUGCCCGCCAACCACCGGGUGACCUGGGACUCGGCGCAGGUGUUCGACCUGGCUCAGACCCUCCGCGAUGGAGUCCUGCUCUGCCAGCUGCUCAACAACCUCCGGGCGCACUCCAUCAACCUGAAGGAGAUCAACCUGAGGCCGCAGAUGUCCCAGUUUCUCUGUUUGAAGAACAUAAGGACAUUCCUCACGGCCUGUUGCGAGACAUUUGGAAUGAGAAAGAGUGAACUCUUUGAGGCGUUUGACUUGUUUGAUGUCCGUGACUUUGGAAAGGUUAUAGAAACAUUAUCGCGACUGUCUCGCACACCUGUAGCGCUGGCCACAGGAAUCAGGCCCUUCCCGACAGAAGAAAGCGUUAAUGAUGACGACAUCUACAAAAGCCUGCCUGAUUUAAUAGAUGAAACCCGUGUGGAAGAUGAAGAGGGUCUGUACGACUGUGUUUAUGGGGAAGACGAAGGUGGCGAAGUGUACGAGGACCUGAUGAAGGCAGAGGAGGCGCAUCAGCCUAAAUGUCCAGAAAAUGACAUACGGAGUUGCUGCCUAGCAGAAAUCAAGCAGACAGAGGAAAAAUAUACAGAAACAUUGGAGUCAAUAGAAAAAUAUUUCAUGGCACCAUUAAAAAGAUUUCUGACAGCAGCUGAAUUUGAUUCAGUAUUCAUCAACAUUCCUGAACUUGUAAAAGUUCAUCGGAACCUAAUGCAAGAGAUUCAUGAUUCCAUUGUAAAUAAAAACGACCAGAACUUGUAUCAAGUUUUCAUUAACUACAAGGAAAGGUUGGUUAUUUAUGGGCAGUACUGCAGUGGAGUGGAGUUGGCCAUCUCUAGUUUAGACUACAUUUCUAAGACAAAAGAAGAUGUCAAACUGAAAUUAGAGGAAUGUUCUAAAAGAGCAAAUAAUGGGAAAUUUACUCUUCGAGAUUUGCUUGUGGUUCCUAUGCAGCGUGUUUUAAAGUAUCACCUUCUCCUUCAGGAGCUGGUCAAACAUACCACUGAUCCUAUGGAGAAGGCAAAUUUGAAACUGGCUCUUGAUGCGAUGAAGGACUUGGCACAAUAUGUGAAUGAAGUGAAAAGAGAUAAUGAGACCCUUCGUGAAAUUAAACAAUUUCAGCUAUCUAUAGAAAAUUUGAACCAACCAGUUUUGCUUUUUGGACGACCUCAGGGAGAUGGUGAAAUUCGAAUAACCACUCUAGACAAGCAUACAAAACAAGAAAGGCAUAUCUUCUUAUUUGAUUUGGCAGUGAUUGUAUGUAAAAGGAAAGGUGAUAACUAUGAAAUGAAGGAAAUAAUAGAUCUUCAGCAGUACAAAAUAGCCAACAAUCCUACAACUGAUAAGGAAAAUAAAAAGUGGUCUUAUGGCUUCUACCUCAUCCAUAUCCAAGGACAAAAUGGGUUAGAAUUUUAUUGCAAAACAAAAGAUUUAAAGAAAAAGUGGCUGGAACAGUUUGAAAUGGCUUUGUCCAAUAUAAGGCCAGACUAUGCAGACUCCAAUUUCCAUGAGUUCAAGAUGCACACCUUCAACCGGGUUACAUCCUGCAAAGUCUGCCAGAUGCUCCUGAGGGGAACAUUUUAUCAAGGCUAUUUAUGUGUUAAGUGUGGUGCAAGAGCACACAAAGAAUGUUUGGGAAGAGUAGACAAUUGCGGCAGAGUUAAUUCUGCUGAACAAGGGACGCUCAAACCAUCCGAGAAACGGACCAAUGGACUCCGAAGAACCCCCAAGCAGGUGGAUCCAGGUUUACCAAAGAUGCAGGCCAUUAGGAACUAUACUGGAAUGCCAGCCCCUGCUCUUCAUGAAGGACCCCCGUUACACAUCCAGGCAGGAGAUACAGUUGAACUUCUGAGAGGAGAUGCACACAGUCUGUUUUGGCAGGGUAGAAAUUUAACAUCUGGAGAGGUUGGAUUUUUUCCGAGUGAUGCUGUCAAGCCUUGCCCAUGUGUGCCCAAACCAGUAGAUUAUUCUUGCCAACCCUGGUAUGCUGGAGCAAUGGAAAGAUUGCAGGCAGAGACUGAACUUAUUAACAGGGUAAAUAGUACUUACCUUGUGAGGCACAGGACCAAAGAGUCAGGAGAAUAUGCAAUUAGCAUUAAGUACAAUAAUGAAGCAAAGCACAUCAAGAUUUUAACAAGAGAUGGCUUUUUUCACAUUGCAGAAAAUAGAAAGUUUAAAAGCUUAAUGGAACUUGUGGAGUACUACAAGCAUCACUCUCUUAAAGAAGGAUUCAGAACCUUGGAUACAACUCUGCAGUUUCCAUACAAGGAGCCAGAACAUUCAUCUGGACAGAGGGGUAACAGAGCAGGCAACAGCUCCCCUUCUUUGUUCUGUGGGUUUUCUUUUGUAACUCCUCCAGACUACAGCUUUGUCCCCCCUUCUUCCACUCCUUUCUGGUCAGUGUUAAGUCCAAAGGUGCUGGGCAUCGCCAUCGCUCGGUAUGACUUCUGUGCAAGAGAUAUGCGAGAAUUGUCCUUGUUGAAAGGAGAUGUGGUGAAGAUUUACACGAAGAUGAGUGCGAAUGGCUGGUGGAGAGGAGAAGUAAAUGGCAGGGUGGGCUGGUUUCCAUCCACGUAUGUGGAAGAAGAUGAAUAAAUUCCAAUCCAGCGUUGCGCCCCGCACCAGGAAUUUCAGAGAAGGGAUACACAGAAGCCUGCACAGCAUUAUGAAUUCACUGAAGUGUUUAAAAAGCUGCCUUUCUGGCUAUUCAACAUCCUCCCUCUUUUUCCCCUCCUAAGUCUUAAUGCUGGGGUUUCUAAAGAUGCUGGUACGGACAGAUUAAUGGCUCGCCUAGAGCUGUGCAAGAAACAGCCUGCCCGCCUGUCAUCGUCAGGGACCAGGGCAAAGCCAAAAGCUUUUCUUCCUCCUGCAAACACAUUGGUUCAUGUUUCUUUUUCCUUCGUCCAGUCAGACGCCAUGAAUGCCAGCCAGCCAUUAGUAAAUGCUUAACACAUCGUUACUUUCUUCUCACGUGCCAUUCACCAGAAUUUUUGAUGGUACAGAGAAGCAGAAGUUUAAUUUUGCCUUUCCCAGCAUGAAGAAAAAUGGGAGUUCUGCCACUGGGGCAGCUUAUUGGAAAGAUCCAGCAUUACUUGUCUUAAAUUGCUUCACAAGGUGACUCAUUGCCUGGCAAACACUUUUACCCCCCGAUGUUACUCAUGUUAAAAUAUAAGAGACAAAUGCUCAGGUUUGCUUCAUAAGUGAUAUUAUAUGGGAGGGGGGGUCCAUUAUUCAUUUGGUGUCCUGAUGAGAUUUGCAAACUUUUUCAUAAAAAGAAGACAUACAGAAGAGUACAUAAAAGAGUAUCUUCAUAUUAAAUCUUCACAACCUUCAUGAUUUCAUAGGGUUAUUUUGGAAAUGUAGUACGUCACUUAUGAGAUAAUCUUGGUUGGGUAUGUUUUAGGUAGUCACAAAUAAUCUGAAUUAAGGUAGCAUUGUUUACAGAAACAGACCAAGGGCUAUGAUUUAUAGUAAGUCAUUUUAGAGAAGUAACAUCUAUUAACAUAUGCCUUUUUCUCCCCUGACACCUCCCCCCCAGCCCCCCCUCCCCCGCCCACAGAAAAAAGACCUGCGAUAUAUUGCUGAUUCCCACAUUUUCCUAGAGGAUUUACAGUAGCACAAACAACCUUGUCGAGGAUUUUUGAAGGAAAGCACAGCAAGGUCCUUUACGCAUUUCAGGGACAGAAGGAGGGUCACUAGGCUUUUCUGGUCUUAUUCACUGGGGGAUCCCAGCUCUCACUGAGGCUCUUCCCAUCUGAGGCCAUUUCUGGGUGUGUAUUAACCAGUGGCAAGAUCAGUCUGCAGUGCACUUAUUUGACCAAGUCUUCACCCUUUAUGUGAGGAGUCUAAGUACAUUUUUCCUGGGAUGUACAGAGUGCCCAGUCAAGACAGUCAAGUUAAGACACUAACUUGGCCCUUUCCUGAUGAAAUAUUUUCUCCAUAGCGGAAGUCAUGUUCUGACAAGACUCGGAGAGUGUUUGCAGAAAACAUUAAAAGCAUUAACUUAAUAGAGCCAAAGUAGGAACAUUUAGUUCUGAAAUUUUGGACCAUCUCUAAAAUGAGGUGGGCGUGGCUGGCCUUCUCCCCAACCCACUUGAGGGCCAGAACUUGAUGUUCAUUGGACACAUCUCCCUUUAGAGACCCUCGUGGGCUAGGACUUCUUAAAUAGAAUAGAUUCAGGACCUUUACCUCAGAAUUAUGUAAACUGUGAUUGUGUUUUAGAAAAGUUAUUAUUUGCAAAAACCAGUUAAGUUUUUGUAUAUGUGUAAAUGAUCAUGAAAUUGAGUUUUAUAAGAUGUUCUGUACAGUAAAGUUAUACCCUCAAGGUGUAUCUUGGAGUGGAUUCUUUCCCAUAAAGUCUUAUCUGCAACACUGUGUCUGGGGAAUGUUUUGUCUGUUACUGUCUGCCAAAUGUUAUGGAGAGGGCAGCUUCAUAAACACUCCUGUGUACAGUAUUGUAACUUGUGCUGUUUCUUUUAUUGUUGUUUUAGCCGAUAGACUCCCUCUCUUUCUUGUUGCAUUUCAUGGACCUGGGGGUUUCCCAGCAGAGGAUAGUAGAGUCCUUUUCAUGACGUUGCCAAUUACAUCUUUGUCUAUGUUUAAUACUUCAUAUUGGAAACUUUAAUGCUGCGAAUUUGUGUAGAUUUCUAAUACCAAAGACAGAAGUAAAUGUUUUUCCAUACUUUGUCUUGCCUGUAUGCAGCCCUGUGUAAUAUGGUGAAUUAGAGUGGUAUUUCACUUUGUAAUAUUUUGUAAAUAUGUCAAUAUAAUAAAUAGUUACUACUUGCAUUA